GAUGGCUCUGCGCUCUGCUCUCCUCUUGCUCCUGGUGUGGGUGGGGGUCGCUCUGCGGGAGAGCUGCCUCGGCGCCUCCUCGCACUCCCUGAAGUAUUUCUCCACCGCCAUCUCGGACCCCAGUCAGGGGCUGCCCCACUUUGUCAUUAUGGGGCUUGUGGACGGUCAGGUCUUUGUUCACUACGACAGCAACAGCCGGAGAAUGGAGCCUCGAGUCUCCUGGAUGGAGAAGGUGGGGAAGGAGAAGCCCCAGUACUGGGACAGGAACACCAAGCUAUCAUAUAGCAAUGAGGAGGCCUUCAGACGUCGCCUGGAGACUCUGAGGCUUCGCUACAAUCAGAGCGAAGGCUUUCACACAUUGCAGACGAUGUGUGGCUGUGAGCUCCAGGCUGAUGGGAACAAAGGAGGGUUUAUGCAGCAUGGCUACAAUGGGAGGACCUUCAUUACCUUUGACAAGGAGACCCUCACCUGGGUGGCUCCUGUCCCCCAGGCCCAGAUCACCCAGAGGAAAUGGGAUGCUGAUCCAGCACAAAAUCAGUACAGUAAGGCCUACCUGGAGAAGGAAUGCAUUGAGUGGCUGGAGAAGUACCUGUCCUACGGGAAAGAGACACUGCUGAGGACAGUCUGA